GCGGGGGAGGGACGGGGGACGGACCGGGAACGGAUUGGGGACGGACCGGGCAGCGAUGGCGGCGGACGGGCAGCGCACGGAGCGAGGCUCGGGGGUGCUGGAACUGCCCAGCGCUCCGCGCUUGGUGUGCGUGGAAUAUCCGGGGCUGGUGCGGGAUGUCGGCGCGAUGCUGCGGACUCUGGGAGGAGAGGAAGGGGUGUCGCGGAUCUACGCCGACCCCGGCAAAAGGUUGGAGCUGUAUUUCCGCCCCAAGGACCCCUACUGCCAUCCGGUGUGUGCCAACCGCUUCCCCGCCUCCGCCAUGCUGCUCAAGGUGAAGAGGAGGACCGGGAGGAAGCGGGUGGGUGCAGAGGAGCAGGACGUGCAGUUUGAAAUGGAAAUUAUGGGGAUCAUCACGACGGUUUACAAAUUUCAAGGAAUGUCAGAUUUCCAGUACCUAGCAAUGCAUUCUGGUCCUGAUGGCAAACAAACCUCCAUGUACGACAAAGUCCUAAUGCUCAAGCCAGAGAAGGAAGAAUUUUUCAAUAGGGAAUUACCUCUGUACAUCCCUCCACCAAUUUUCUCACGACUGGACACUCCUGUUGACUAUUUCUAUCGGCCAGAUGUCCAACACCGGGAUGGCUACAACAAUCCCCAGGUGUCAGCUGAGAACCUCAUUGGCCUCAGCAGGGCCCGGCGCCCCAACAAUGCCAUCUUUGUGAACUUCGAUGAUGAAGUGCCAACCAAACCACUGGAUGCUGCUGCACAGGCCUGGAAGAAAGUAUGCACGAAUCCUGUGGAUAGGAAGGUGGAGGAAGAGCUGAAAAAACUCUUUGAGGUUCGCCCAGUCUGGUCUCGAAAUGCAGUUAAAGCAAAUAUCAGCGUCCAUCCAGACAAGCUGAAACUUCUGUUGCCUUGUUUGGCAUACUACAUGAUAACAGGUCCUUGGAGAAGCUUAUGGGUUAGGUUUGGGUAUGACCCUAGAAAACACCCUGAAGCAAAGAUUUAUCAAGUACUGGACUUCCGAAUUCGCUGUGGAAUGAAAUAUGGUUACACCCCUAACGACAUGCCAGUGAAAGCAAAACGCAGCACGUACAACUACAGCCUGCCCAUCACUGUCAAAAAGCCAGUAAGUCAUACAGUCAGCGUACACGAUCUGAAGCAGGGACUUGGUACUCCUGGUGCAUCUGGUGCAAAAAAGCCUCCCUCCAGCAGGUAUAAACUGAAGGAAUCGGUCUAUGUUUUCCGAGAAGGAGCCUUACCCCCUUAUCGCCAGAUGUUCUAUCAACUCUGUGACUUGAAUGUGGAAAGCCUACAAAAAAUCAUCCAUCGGAAUGAUGGUACAGAGUCAGAAUGCACGGAGCGGGAUGGAUGGUGCCUCCCAAAGACUAGUGAUGAUCUGCGAGAUAGCAUGUCCCUGAUGAUAAAGCAGAUAAUCAGAUCCACAAGACCUGCUCUUUUCUCAAGUACAACAAGCAGUGAAGAUGGCAAAGAACAGCUGGCCUAUGAGUCUGGAGAGGAUGAGGACGAUGAAGAGGAGGAGGAAGAAGACUUCAAGCCUUCUGAUGGAAGUGAAAAUGAAAUGGAAACAGAAAUCCUAGACUAUGUGUGAACUCAGUGAGUAGUCUCACUGCUGUUGGACAGAAUUUUCUUGGCUCUUGUUCCUUCAGUGCUGAUAUUUCAGCAACCAUACACAGGGUGUGUGAGAGCAGAACUUGUACUAAGUUGCUCACUACCUGUCUGCACUGACUGUGGUGCCUGCUGAUAGCUGUCAUUUUGGAUGUUCAGGCACCAUGGCCCCCACAGCAUCAGCGUGAGGUGCUAGGAGAUGUGGUUUAGUAGCUUGUGGUAGUAAUGGUGAUGGGAGGACAGUUGGACUACAUGAUCCUUUUCAACCUUGUGAUUCUAUGAUUCUAUUUUUAUAACUGUUGGAUAAUAAGCCUUCAGAAUAUUGCCACCAUGGAGAUAACAGGUUUCUUGCCAGGCUCUAGCUGGUAUUUACUGUAGCAGCUCAACAGUCUCCCAAAAAAAAGAAUUGAAACCAGCUGGCAAUACACCUUAAAAAGGAGAAACUAUGUUCCCAAUUCUCUGUAAGAAAUACACCUUGUCUGGGUUGAUGGCCAUGUGGAAAAUAGAAAAUUGUUUGAAGAGGUUACCAUUCAGUUACAGAAAUUAAAGAACUGCUGGCAUGUUUUAA